UACUUACAGCAGCAAGGUGUUUCGUGUUACCUUCUUGACUUUGGCUGCAUCUCUGACUGUGCCACUGCUUGGAGUAACUGUUCUCCUGGAUUGUCCUAUAGACCCUCAGCCUAUAAGUUUAAAGGAACCUCCCCUCCUGGCGGGUGUGCUAGAGCCCAAUACCAAGUUACGAAAAGCUGAGCGGUUGUGGGAAAACCAGCUGGUUGGACCAGAGUCCAUUGUCAAUAUUGGGGAUGUGCUAUUUACUGGGACAGCUGAUGGGAAGAUUAUCAAAAUUGAAGAUGGGGAAAUACAGACAAUAGCCAGAAUUGGCCAUGGUCCUUGUGGAACCCGUGAAGAUGAGCCAACAUGUGGAAGACCCCUUGGCAUCAGAGUGGGGCCAAAUAACACCCUUUUUGUGGCAGAUGCUUACUAUGGACUCUAUGAAGUUGAUCCUGAUACAG